UCCCUGGUCACGAUCACCACCUCCCAUCACCAUCACCACCUCCCAUCACCAUCACCGCCGCCCUGGUCACGGAGCGAGUGAGUGGAGGGCGACACGAUGGACACGCGGAGUCUCGCACUGCUGCUGAUGAUGAUUAAGACGGGACUGCUGCUGCUGAUGAUGAUAGCCCCGGGGCGGGCCAUUGACAGCGCGCACCUGGUGGAGGUGUGCGGCCGCUCGCUGACCGCCGAGGGGCUGGUGCUGAGCUCGCACCGCGAGUCCCGCCGCUUCUACUUCGUGGGCGCCGACACCGACUGCUGGCUGAGCGUGCGGGCGGCCGAGCCCGACCAGCGCCUCGUCUUCCAGUUCCGAUUCUUCCUCGUCUACAGCCUCCUCCGCGUGACCCCGGCGCCCGGGGCCAGCCUCUCGCCGCCGCCGGCGCUCGACGCCCCGCACGCCCCCGGCGCCUCGGAGGACCCCUGCCACGCCGGCUCCUACCUGCAGUUCUACGACGGCGUCGGCCGGGGCGCUCCGGCGCUGGGCCCCCCGCUGUGCGGCAAGAGCAUCCCCGAGGCCGUGGUGUCGCAUGGCCGGGCGCUCACGCUGAGGCUCGUGACGCGCGGCAAGCUGCCCCGCGUCGACUUCGUGGGAGACUUCUCGGCCUUCACCAGCGGCGGCGGCGGCUCCACGUGCGGGCCGGACCCGUGCACGAGCCGCUACUUCCGCUGCCGCAACGCGCGCUGCGUCCCCUGGAGCCUCGUGUGCGACGCGCGGGGCCUCGACAACUGCGGCGACGAGUCGGACGAGACGCACAUCCUGCCGCCCGCGUGCGCCGGGUGGCUCCCCACAGCAGGGCCUGGCGGGGCCGCCCCCAACGCCUCCCUGAGGGCCCCGGGGCCCUUCCCCACCCCAGCGUGCGGGGUCCCGUUCCGACCCAGCCGGGAGCCUCGCGAACCCCCAGGAAACCUCGUGACCCAGCCAGGCUCCGUGGCGGUGGCCGUGCCGGGCGCCGCGCUCACUCCGGACGGGGCCCCGGCUCGCCCUCCUCUCCCUCCGGGCGGUGGCCCCGAGCCGCCUCGCCCGGCCCGCGGCUCCGUGGUGGGGCCCGGCGUGGCGGCGGCUCUCCUCUCCGCGCUUCUGCUGGGGCUGGCGCUGUGGUGCUGCUGCUGCGCGUGCCCCGGGUGGUGCGCGUGGCGGCUGGGCGCGUGCGCCCCGCUCGUGCCCGCCUGCUGCGCCCGCAAGGCGGCGGGCCGGCGCGUCAACCCUGGCGGCGGCGACGGUGCCGACGACGACACGCGCCCCGCCCUGCCUUAAGGCCCGACCAAGGGCCCUGCGUUCUCGCCGAUAAAUAAUUUCGGGGUCGCCACGUAGACAGCAGUAGGAUGGCACGUGACUAGGUAGCCCGCAUACCCGUAGCGAGGCGUAAUACAGGACGUGGUGUGCCGGGUGUUGGAAAUAUCGUCCCCGGUCGCUGGUAGACUGGAGUAGGGUGGCACGUGACUAGUAGACGCAUACCGUAGCUGAGAGGUAAAACCGUAUGGCGCGUGCCAGGCGCGGAAAUAUUUACCGGGCAUCGCCGACUCGCGCGGAACAUGGCUGGCAAAAUUACACCGUGGACCUGACGCCUGUACUGGGAGCGACAAUUGAUCGGAGGGGCUGGGGGGGGGGGGCAUUCAAUUCCUUGCCCCAGGGCCAAUGCCAACCACAGCUGACACCCGUUACAGACACAGAAGGCGCACGAGACACAAAUAUGCUUCACGCGCCAGGGCCGCGACGAGUCGGGGAACGACGGCGGUUCUCGGGCUCACCGCACGAGACGCGUCGUGCGCCCAAGACUCGAAUGUUAGCGAUUGACGCCAGUGUCGUGCAGUGAAUGUUUAGGCUGAAAUAAAAUAUGACAAAGCGAAGCGGACGAGGGAGGCGGAACCAACGAGACAUAAAAUCCAAAGGAGGCUUCACAGUUACUCAUGUUCAGUUGAACACGUAGUAGCAGCGACCAAUAUCAUCCAUAAGAGGUUUUUUUGUGGGUUAGAUCGCGCAAAUAUAUGUGUCGUUAAACCCACCACCACCCGACACAGUCAAUGAGUAAGAUUUGUCACGUAAACAAAACGUGGCCAAUUCGUUACUAGCACAGCACACCGGUGUGUUGGAGAGCCGAGCCACAACAUUUACAAUCACGUUAAGCUUGCUGUUCACCGGUGGCCACCGCCAGGGUCCGCCGUUAUGAAGCGGUGGACAUUCCGUCUCCCCGGGCAGACAUUCUAUAGCGAAGAACUGCAAAUGCAAGCCAAGCUAUAUCACGGUACCCUGGACACACACGCAACUCACAAUAAGAAAAACCCGGGGGAACGUGAACGCAACAAACAUUCAAACCGGAGCAAAAUGAGCCCCAAUGGUUUCUUGAAACGACAAGACGAACAACCCCACACGUUUUGGAGUGGAACGAAGGGAGGGAGCGUGCCCUGGUGGCGGACAUCAGUGAACACCAGGCUGAGCGUGACCACGAAGUCCGAGUUUGUUUGACCCGGUGGCCACAGUCCGAUUCCGCUGUGUUGAGGAGAUGGACGCAUAGCCGAAUCCCAAAGGAAAGUAGGAGGGCCAAAGACGUGCCUCUGAAUGAGAAACGAGCAACGGAGAGCGAUUUGACUGUGACGCGGCCGCCGAGAGGACAGCUCUCCUCCCGCAGAGGCUCUCUCCGGGGCCACGCAGGGGUGUCAACAAGCGAUCAAUGUCCAGCAUACUCGAGAGGCGGCCUCUCCGAACCGCACGCCCUACAUCACCCCGGUGGCACCCCCAGCCCUGCUGCCGGCCCAUCAGGUGGCUACCGCACACGCAGAAGUUCGAGGGAGUUAUACCGGGGACGGCGGGGACCGUCCCAGCGACGGCGUAAGCCUCACUGCACGCACUUCCGACUACCCCGCCCUCCCCAAAAAAAGGCUACCCACUGUGCUUGGAGUCUGGCCUCCCACCACCACCACCCCCUCCCCCCCUCAACUCCCCUUGCCCCUCACGGCGAAGGCCACCAAGAAGAAGAGCCGGUCGGAUUUGCGGCAGCUCAAAGAACCAACGGCAGGGCCCUAAAGCGGAUCGAGAACUCCGUCUUUGUACAGGGUAGGGUAAACCACUCCGGGCAGGUGGCGAGCGGCUCAAACGGAGGAGCCGCCAAGGCGUCUAAGCAGCAGAUGCAAGCACCGGCGAGGAGCGACCCCAGACCUAGCCAGGGGGCGGGGGGGGGGUGCACCUGGCUAAUUGCCCUAAACAAGCGUGACAAGCUAGGAGAGGAACCUACAGGCCCUUCCCACAACGUCCACGUGGAAGGCAGAGGUAGCUGACGCCUUCACCUUGAGAGCCUCGUUGAAUCACUCCCCCACGAAGGAACUUGGCGGGUGGCGCCAACCCCGCAAGAGGCGGGAGCCAAACCCCGGGAAUGACACCAGAGGCAGAGGAGUUGACCGCCAAUCGAGAGUCGUAAUACCCUGCAAGUGGACGACCUUCAGGCAUCUGAGGAGGAGAUCCUGCACGUCUCGCUGGAGGUCGAAGUGGUGGAACACGCCUCCUCUCAACGGGCCAUGCCGUGAGACCCAGGGUAUGGAAGGUCUGAACAAGAAGGCAGAGGACGAGGGUCGCUGUCCAUCAGCGCCAAGAGGUCUGAGAACCAGGACCUCCAGUGACGUGAACCGCACUGACCCCCCCCCCCACCUACCUCUGAACCUUCUGGAGCACCCUGUGUGCAUCGGGGGUGAAGGGAGAGAGCAGAUGGGCCAGAUCUUGCCGCCCAUGGGCACGUCAGGGCGACCGUGGCGAAGGCGCCAGCGCUUGACGGUAGCUCGACGCGUGACGGGGGCAGCUUCGCGUUGUCCGCAGAGGCAAAAAGCGGUCAGCGGCAGGCAAGGCCAAAGCACCGGAUGGGCUGACCCAAAAGUACUCGGGCGUAGAGACCACUCACCGGGAGCUAUAAGGCCUGCCUGCUUAGCCGUCACUGGGUGUGGUGUCCCAGGGGGGGAUAAUGUAUUCCGGGUCGCAAACCGCUCGUUUGAAGGAGGUGGAGGACGGGAGAGAUCCGUUCAGACGUCACACUUUCGCCGAUGAGACAUCGUCAGUUUGAGGGUCGCCACACAUUAUUGGAAUCCAUUGGGGGUUGACGGCACCAUGAUGAUGGGUGGUGUUGUCACUCUUUGUGUGUUGUCAGGGGGCUGCAGUAGAAGGCCACCAGGGGCCCGCCAGUGGCCCCGCAGGGGCUCUUGCAACGAAGAAUUGCCGCGACCCAUCAUGGCGGCCACCUUCACGGGUUUCGUGAAAGCCUCAGAGCCUGGACGGUGUCGCGGGCGGCGCCUCGACGCUCGAGGCGUUGCGAUGGUGGGCAGCGAGUAGAACCCCGAGCGUCGUUGACAGCACGUGACCUCCACGGUCACCCCUAUGUCCGGCCAAAACCUAAUAAUAGGUUUUUACCCCUUCUGGCAAUCAAGCACUGCAUUAACCACACAUUGUACGUGCCAACAAGGACACUGAUUUGAUUUUGUUGUUGAAGUUCUGUGCAAAACUAGUUACUUCUGACCAAGACUAAUUAGAUAAUCUAUGGAAAUUGGGAGAAAUAAAAAGAAUUGCAACCAUUCGGAUAGCUACGGACUUAGUGCUGCUUGGAAGCGAAUCAUCAAAUAAUAAAACAUUGUCUAAAUGCAUGCCGAUACAGUUCCCCAAUUCUUCAAUAGGGAUUACCAUUGGUACGGCUAUUUUAGUA